AUGUCUGGAUCAGUACCUACCAUGACAACGCGCCCGCCACCCCGCCCCCACGACGUCCCCGACGCAAUGCCUCCGCUGGCCAAAAUCCCCAAGAACCAGCCCUCUGCUGCCCCGAUGCCGGCGGGCGCAGUCCAAGCCCAGGCCCAGGCCCAGGCCUCCUCGGCUUCCCCUCCGCCGGGCCACCAGCAGCAGCAGCAGCAGCAGACUGAGGGACAAGCUACUACUACUACUGCAGGCACUGAUGGCGGUGCAGCAAAUCAACAGCCAGACCCAAACCAACCCCCCCGACCCGACUCCCCGCGCACCUUCGCCUACCGCCAGCGCGAGCUCGCACGCGAUCUGAUCAUCAAGGAGCAGCAGAUCGAGUACCUGAUCGGACGACUACCGGGCAUCGGAUCCUCGGAGGCCGAGCAGGAGGCCCGGAUCCGCGAGCUCGAGGGCGAACUCCGACAAGUGGAAGCGGAGCGGGAGCGCAAGGCUCAAGAGUUGCGGAGAUUGGGGCAGCGGUUAGAAGUCGUCUUGGGGGCUGUGGAGAGGGGGAUUUAUGCGCGGAGAGAUUGA